AUGGGCUGGGACCCUGCGACCAUCGCAGGCGUCGCGGCGCUUGUCGUCGCCGUUGUUGCCAUGAUCAUGGCCGUGGUCCAAGCUACCCAGCAGUACCUCAUCACCGGCCAGCAGAUCCGUCUCUGCGACAGUGUCGUGUACGGACCGAUGCCGGGCCAAGGCCGUCGCGUCUGGCAGAUGUCGCAGUUCCGCUUCCGUGUGCUGUACAGCAUGCCACAGAUCUCUCUUGAUCCACGUCACUGGGGCUAUGGCGGCGGUGUUAUCCGGCGCUCACGUGCUAUUGGGGAGCACUCUCUCCCGUACCUGGGUGCUUUGGGUGCUCUAACGGAAGCAGGUUCAGGGCAUGCGCGUAACGGAAUAAAUCCACCUGGCCAUCAAGCCCUCCGCAGACGACGACCUGGGCCCGAGGCGGGCGAAGUAGAGAGGCGCGUUGGGAAGGAGACCAUCACCUCGACCAUCCCUCCAGGAGAAGCUUCCUGGGUCUCCGACCUCGUCAGCGCCCCGAUGCCCACUUCGAUGAGAGACAUUGUCAUCAUGGGCCUGAAAGCAGGCAUGGUCGUCACGAGAGCGUCCUUUGAGGAAAAGUCCGUAUCGAUGCAGGGCCCAGCUGGGAGCUUGACCAGCGCGAGCCAUCCUGUCCUGGGGCCCAUGUUGCAUUUGACCCCCACCAGCGUGUGCCCCCCGGUGUCGCAGGUAUUCGGGGUGCGCAGGACAAGGCAUCGCGGCACCGUCGACGACCCCUGGCUAAGAAGGAUAUGGGACGUCCCCAGUGUCGCGAAAAAAUACUACCACUGGGCCCAGAGGCGCACAGCGCGCCGACUGGACGAAAGAUGGAUCAAGGAUCACAAAGGCGUGACGGGCUGUGAGAUUCACGUCACUUCGGUCCCGGAAACCAAAGACUAUGCCAGCGGGCCGAAUUUGGAGCGAAAUACAUCUCCCAACAAUCGUGAGCGCAGAGGUCCAGCCAGGUCCGACCCCUACCAACUGGUGGAGCAUAAGCCGGCGGAUGGCGCUUGGGGCUUGACAAUUGCGAAACCGCCGCGAUCCAGGAAGCAGGAGAAAUCACGGCGACGGGCUGGGACUGGAGCAAUUCCCAAACCAAAUGGAGAAGCGAACCAAAAGUACUCCGCUCGAGGUGACACACGUUCUAGGAAUGUCCAUGCGUCGUCAUACAGGAGACCCCAGGUCGAGGAUGCCGAUGAUGAGGGAGAAUCUGCACCGCCAGUGGCUGAGAAGACAACCUCAUCGCCACCCGCAGAUCCCCAAAAAGAUGCCGAAUCACCAGUGCCGCCCCUGACACCCAGUUCCAAAGAGUCACCACCCCUCAUGUAUGAGGACGAGGAGGAGGUAGGGCAUGAGCGUGAUGGAGCGAGAGACCCGUUGGCGGAACGCAGGAAAAUUGCAAAAGAGCGCCAAGCCGCAAGAGCCGUCAAGAUGGACGCAAUACAAAAGGACAUGUCUCUUGUCCAACAGUCGGUCGAGCAGGGCGCGAUGACUUCACCCUAUGAAGAAGCAGCCGCCGAAUGGAGAGGAGAUCAGCCCCCAAUGCUACUGACCUACUAUCCACUCCACGGUUCCGCUGACACACCCGAAGCAGCUGGACAGGAGCCACCACCGGUCACGGAAGAGGCAUACGAGGCUCGAGACAGGGAGAAGGGGAGAGAGGAGGCCAAAUUAGCGAGGGCCGAGGCGCGGCACAAGAGGAACCUGUCUCGAACGCAGGCGAUGAACUUGACCAGUGUCGAUGUGUUCUGGUUAAGCCAGGUUGAUGUCACCAGCGGGCAAUGGGUGACACCCUGGCGCGACGCUGGGUGUCUGCCGCUGUCAGCAGCAGCUGCAGGGGGCAUCACGAUCAUCCUCGAGGCGUUGCUGGGGUUCCUCGACGAUGAGUCGCUCCUCUAUACACGUUCGAGCAUGGGAACGUACACAUCCUUCCAAGAGACGGCUUGCUGGAUGCUCGAGGGCAGGACGACAUCGUUCCCAGCCUAUGCUCUCAAUGCGCGCGGCGGCGUCGUCGCCAAAGGUACGUACAUUGGCGUCAAUAUCCCCGUGCUGGAGGGCGUCGUGCCCGCGCUGCAGCUCCUGCACUCGUACGAGUGGCAGGUCAGCACGACUCGGAACAACGAGGACUUUGUCGAGGAGUCCAACGUAGAGUUGAUGCGGAUCGAUGCGUGGCUGUCGUACGUGGGGCGCACCGACCAGAUCACCAACGGGCCCCGGAGACUGCUCAAGCAGACGCCGGCCCUGGUCGCCCUGCUUGUGGAGGAGCACGAGCUGGACUUUCAGAACAUGGACCUGUCGGCCGAGGAGGGUGGGUGGCAGGACAUUGCCGAUGCGGCCGCGGAUCUGAUGGAUACGCUGGUGGAGGAGCAGCUGAACGAAGCCGAGCAGCUCUAUGUACUCGUGGCCAUGCUGCGGACGCUGAAAGUGGUGCAGAGCGUGUGGGCGGGUUCCGACUCGCGCGAUCUGCAAAGAAUCCUGGAGCGAGAUGUCCAGGUCCACCUGGUCUAG